GAGAGUUGGAUGAAAAAAGUUUCUGUCAGUUUCGGAUACAGUAGCCGUCGGCCAGUGGUGCAGUGGGAAGAUGGCGCAGUAUCGGCGCUGUGCCGCGUCUCCGUUAACUGCCAGGAGCGUCUUUAAACAUCGCUUGUUCUGCAUUUUGGUCUUUUCCGCUUUUCUGUCUUCGGCCGAAACUGGACUUUAUUCGCAGUCUGAUCAGAUCGUGCUAUUAAACCCCAAUAAUGUGGACUCGGUGCUCUUCAACUCUUCCGCUGCUCUCGUUGUGGAGUUUUACGCGUCCUGGUGCGGGCAUUGUGUGGCGUUUUCCCCGGUGUGGAAGAACCUCGCCAUGGAUACCAAAGAAUGGAAGCCUGCUGUAGAUCUGGUGGCCAUUGACUGUGCAGCUGAAGAAAACCGAAAGACCUGCAUUCACUUCGGCAUCAGGGGGUACCCCACCGUGAAGUUCUUCCACGCUUAUUCUGAGAAGGACUCCACCGGUACUUCUUUCCCAGUGCACACGCAGGAUAUGAGCCAGCUUCGUCGGCAGAUGAUCAGCAUGAUUGAGAAACACAAAGAGCACUGGCCUCCGGCGUGCCCCCCCCUCGAGGCUGCCAGCAAAGCCGAGAUCGACAGCCUCUUGGAGUCCAGCGGCGUGGAGCACCUGGCGCUGGUGUUCGAGACGGCCAGCUCGUACGUGGGCAGGGAGGUAAUCCUUGAUUUGCUCCAGUUUGACAACAUAGCUGUGCGGAGAGUCCUAAACACCGAGGAGGAGCUGGUUUCCAAGAUGUCCGUCACGGACUUUCCAUCCUGCCACCUGUACCACCAGGGAGGCAACUCCUCCCGCCUGAAUGUGCCCUUUGAGGCUCGUACCUUCUACUCAUACGCCCUCCAAAGGCUGCCAAGGGUAGUGCGGACAAGUAGGCCGAAGCCCGUAACCCUCGAUUUGAUUCGCAACACAACAGAACAUUCAUGGAGGGAGUUCAACAGAACAAAUGUGUACAUGUCCGACCUGGAGUCCGCACUGCACUUGUCACUGCGUGUGGAGUUGGCGUCGCACGCCACCAUAAGCAAAGGGGCCCUGACCGCACUCAAGCGCUACGUCUCGGUGCUGGCCAAGUACUUUCCCGGCCGACCGGUGGUGAGGAAACUGCUGCAAACUGCCAAUGCAUGGCUGAAUGGACUUCAGGCCUCGGAACUGCAGUACAGCUCUUUCCUGGAGGUGUUGGACAAUGCGACAGAGGAUGCGGUCCUGCCCCGCGGCGAGAGUUGGGUGGGCUGCCAGGGAUCCCAGCCGCACUUCAGGAAGUACCCCUGCUCCUUGUGGACCCUCUUCCACGUGCUGACUGUGGCAGCCAACAGCGCCUCUGACUCCAGGCCCCAGGAGGUACUGCAGGCGAUGAGGGCCUAUGUCAAAAGGUUCUUUGGCUGCCAGGAGUGUGCCAGCCACUUUGAGGGCAUGGCCCAGGAGGGCAUGGUCCAGGUGUCGACGCAGUCGGAGGCCGUGCUAUGGCUCUGGUCCCGGCACAACCGCGUCAACAACCGGCUGGCAGGUGAUCUAAGUGAAGACCCCAACUUCCCCAAGAUUCAGUGGCCCCCACCAGAGUUGUGUCCCAAAUGUCACGGCAUAGACAACGGGGAGCACAGCUGGCAGGAGGCAGAGGUGCUGUCCUUCCUCAUGGACUACUACUCUUCCAGCAAGAUCCUGGACAACUACCUGCAGGACGUGCGUCCCCAGAAGGCAGGCCGGGCCCAGGGGACAGAGGAUCGGGCGGCGCGGGCAGGACGUGACACCCGGGGAAGGAUGGAGGCAGAGGCACGGGAUGAGCCCACUUCAGAGACGGAGGAGGAUAAGGAGGAGGAGGAGGAGGAGGUGCUAGUGGAAGGAGAGCAGGAGCCGGGCAUGGAUAGGCUUGCUGGAGGCAGAGAGGGAGAGGAGGCCGCUGCCUUGGAGCCUCCUCCAUCCUGGGAGAAGGAAUGGGAGCACCGGCCCAGCAUUGUGGGCCUGAGGCCCCGGGAGCCACAGGAGGCCAUUGUGGACCUGGACUCCUUUGUCAGCCAGCUCUACAAGGCAAAGGGCCUUCGCUCUAGCCGCAAGAAGAGGGCGCUGCGGGCCCACCGACCGGCCCCCGAGGUGGCCUUGCUGCCCGUGGAACCUGACGACCUCCCCGGGGAACAGAGGCGACUCCAGAAGCGGGGUCUGACGGGGAGGUAUGUGGAGCUGGGGGGCGAAGGCAGGCGGGGGCCGCGUCGCCCGUGGAUCUCGGCCCUGGCCCUGGGCUUCUCCCGCCUGGACGUCAGUCUGUGUGCCCUGCUCUACGUCCUGUCCUCCCUCUGUUUGCUGGCCAUGUACCGCUGCUCCAAGGUGCGCGGGCGUCCGUACCGCGGCAAGCUGGUGCUGCCCUGAGCCGCCGCCGCCGCCAGCCGUCCUCAUCCACAGGGGGUGGUUGGGGGAGGUGCAGAGAGCUGAUCCACAUCACACCGUCUUUCUUCCUGUUGUCUGUCCAGCUGAGAGGCGUUUCCCUUUUACCACCUAUAACCUAACAAACUUUAGGAAAGAGAUUUCCCAUUCUUAACUGUGAUUGUAAUUUUAAUUUAUUUUUAUUUUAAUAUGUGAAUUAACUGUGUGUGCAAAAUGUCUAACUGGAGAAAAACGUACUGUGAUGUGGAAAUUAUCUGCCUACUCAUACCUGUGCAGUAAUGUGUGUGUGUGUGUGUGAUAACGGCUUGAUUGUCUGCCCCGUUCGGACUCUCGACCCUUUGAUUUCCUCUGCAAGAAUCAAAAACGUAUCCAUAAUUUCAGUCAUCAUGAUAAAUGCCGACAUCAAAUUUCUUUGUUGAAAUCGGCCAUGUUGUGUCGCCCAAAGCUUUGCGCGAUGAUGGUAAAAUCAAAGUAUUGUUACACGGUGGUCUGUAAGCCUGAAGAAAAACAUGGGAGAGCAGAGCUGACCUGUUUUCACAUCCAACUUUCCAGUUUCAUGCAUAUUUUCAGAGAGAACAUCUUGUAUGAAAUAAUCCAAUAAAAUUAUUUUUGCUAAGAA